CGGCUCGCGGUUAAUUGACUCAUCACUCGUCCUGCCUAUCUUGUGGCCGCCGAUUGUGGGUGGGAUCAAACGGAUCAAGCUUCUGGAUCCGAUCGGGACGUUUUGCUUGAGUCGGGAGUGGAUUCAAGAGUAUCGUUAGUGAAAGUUGUCCAGCGUUGUUCUGGAAAAGUGCGAAUCUGAUCAAGUUUCCCUCUUGUGUUCGACUUCAACCAAAACCACUAAUUAAUAAUGGAGGAUGAGGAGCAGCGGUUGGCCAUCAUGCGCAAAGCAUUCCAGAUGUUCGACACUACCAAGUCGGGCUUCAUCGAGACCAUCAAAAUUUCCACCAUCUUGAAUACGCUGGGGCAGCAGUUCGACGAGGGUGAACUGCAGGCGAUGAUCGACGAGGAAGAUCCGGAGGACACCGGGAAGGUGAACUUCGACGGAUUCGCCAGCAUUGCCGCCAACUUCCUGAUAGAGGAGGAGGAUGCCGAAGCGAUGGAAAAGGAACUGAAGGAAGCCUUCCGGUUGUACGAUCGGGAGGGCAACGGUUAUAUCACUACUAGCACAUUGAAGGAAAUUCUGGCCGCUCUGGACGAUAAGCUGUCGAACGAUGACUUGGACGGAAUCAUCACCGAAAUCGAUCAGGACGGAUCCGGAACUGUUGAUUUCGAUGAAUUCAUGGAGAUGAUGACCGGUGAAUAAAUCCACUCGAUACGGGUCAGUUCAACUGUAGCAUGGAUUAACUCUGAAAUGAAAAGAAAACACCAACAAAAACCGACAUAGCGAAUGUAGAGUGUUCCCGC